CCCUUUCUUUCACUCUCUCUACCAAACAAGAACUCAUUUGUACAUUUGACUUGUUGUACGUGAAAUUAUAUUAACUUGGUUACAAAGCCAACACCACCACCACCAAUAUAACAAACCCAAAUCCAAGCUCUAGGGUUGUCUUCCUCAACCGACCUAUUAACUUUUUUUCUUUUCUUUCGGUCUCUCAGUCCACUUCACAUAUAAUUUUAUUUGGUUGUUUGUUUGUUUGUUGAUGAAGAAAUGAGAGAUAGAAUGGAAAGGCUUGUUCUUCUUCCUUUUUCCAUUGGUUGUGUCUCUGAAUCAAGUGUGGCUAUUGGGAUUCACCAUCCUAGAAGAACUAAGCCAUCACAUGAUACAAACCCAUCUUCAACAAGUCUCUAUCUUUCUGGACCAAAAGAAGAAGACGAGGAAAGUUUAUCAAGUUCUGAUGAGAGUAUGAAGAAUGCAUUGAAAUUUCUUGCUCUUUCAAAACCCAAUAUUUCUGAUCGGUUUCACAGGAUAGUCAAGGGCUUCAAGACCUUCUCUCAAUUAUUUGUGUAUGAAGAAGAAAUAGAAGAAAUGGAAAUGGAAAUAGGGCUUCCAACAGAUGUGAAGCAUGUGACGCAUAUAGGAUGGGAUGGUUCAGGAAAUGAAAACCCAAUUCAAGGUUGGGAUAAUCUGAUUUCUCCUGAUCAGUUGCUUCCUCUUCAACCUUCUUUAAGGCAAUUUGAGCUUUCUAUGGCUGCAAAAACUAAUAAUUCACCUCUUGUUAGGCCUUCAUCUGCUUAAUCAUGCAUGCCUUCUUCUUAUUAGCCAAAUUACAGAUGGUGUAUUCAUAAUAGCUUUAUAUUUAAACCCAAAAGGCAAAAAAAAGAAGUCAAAUUGCAAUAUUCUCUUGUACUUGUAAUUCUAUUGCAUACAUGUAUCUGUGAAACUUUUUAUAAUUGCCAUUGGAGAUUUGGUUUUGUAA